CAGAGAUAACCUCAUCAUCUGGAAAACAUGUCUGGACGUGGCAAAGGCGGCAAAGUUAGAGCAAAGGCCAAGACCAGGUCUUCCAGAGCUGGACUGCAGUUCCCAGUGGGUCGUGUUCACAGAUUGCUGCGUAAAGGCAACUACGCCGAGCGCGUCGGUGCUGGCGCUCCCGUCUACUUGGCGGCCGUGCUGGAGUAUCUGACCGCUGAGAUCCUGGAGUUGGCUGGAAACGCAGCCCGCGACAACAAGAAGACCAGGAUCAUCCCCCGCCAUCUGCAGCUCGCCGUCCGCAACGACGAGGAGCUCAACAAACUCCUUGGUGGCGUGACUAUCGCUCAGGGCGGCGUCUUGCCGAACAUUCAGGCUGUGCUGUUGCCCAAGAAGACUGAGAAGCCCCCAAAGAAGUAAGAUCCUUGAAACCACCACUCCCACAAAGGCUCUUUUAAGAGCCACACACUUCUCUCAAAAAGAGCAAGACUUCUUUGAAGUGGGUUGUUGUAUAUCACGUGUGAUUAUCUACAUAAAUCUCUCCUAUUUCACUAAACAUCUGAAUUUAAUAGAUAUUACAUACAGUUAUCUAACUGCAAUGUGUGGAUUAUGACUAGGUAAUCUAGUAAUUGAUAAACGUAUAAUUUAUGACCAGCAAAUGCUGUACUAUAGUCCCUUGUCUGGCGUCUGAACCGAGUCAAUGACACCUGGUUUUCAUUUUGAGGAAUCACAUCUCGGUUUGCUAAAUUUGGAUAUACCUGGAGUAGUAGAUUACAGAUGGGAUUUGUGGCUCUUUAAGGGGAGCCGGGUCUUGGUGAGCCGUUCAAAAAACUGACUCAUUUGGCUCUUUUUUGUAUUACGUAUGAAAAAGCAAACCUGGUCUUCAAAAUAAUCACCAAUAUGAGUUUGAAUUAUUCUGAAGUUUUCAUUAUAACUUUAUUUGACUUGUGUGGAUUAAAUUUUAAGUCUGAUCUGGAUUCAUUGUCGUCACUAUUUUGAAUUACUUUUUGUACAAAUUCUGUGCAUGUGUGUAAACCAUGACUUGAAGACAUAUAAACAUUAAAAAACAAAGCAGGCUUGAGUA